AUGUUGCUGGAAGGAGCCCAGGGAACCUCGUGCUCCAGUGGCUUCGACCGGUACCGGGAGGAGUGGCUGAGCUACGGCUGCGGCCAGUCGGACGGACAGACCUGUGAGGACCUGGCCCAGGGCGGUCACUCCUCGCCGCCCCCGGGCAGCUCCGUGUCACCGCAGCCCGGCGCUGUCACCUCCCCCACGGCCUCGCUCUUCCUCGACAGCCUCACCACCGAAGAUGACACCAAGCUCAACCAGUUUGCAGGAGGAGAGGGGAGCGGCCUGCCCUGGCGGGGUGCCCCCAUCCCCACGGGCACCCUGGUGGGCAUCGUGGUGGCCGUGCUGGUGCUGGCCGGGGCCAUCCUGGCCGGGAUCUACAUCAGCGGCCACCCCACGUCCAGCGCCGCCCUCUUCUUCAUCGAGCGGAGGCCGCACCGCUGGCCCGCCAUGAAGUUCCGGAACCACCGCGGCAACCGCGGCUCCUACGGCGAGGUGGAGGCGGCCAGCCAGGAGAAGGAGGGGUUCGUGGAGGCCGAGCAGUGCUGAGCGCUGCUCCCGGGGGAUCCAUCCCGAGGGAUCCAUCCUGAGGGAUCUCGAGGAAUCCAUCCUGAGUAAUCCAUCCCGAGGAAUCCCGAGGAAUCCAUCCCGAGGGAUCCAUCCCGAGGGAUCCAUCCCGAGGAAUCCAUCCCGAGGAAUCCAUCCCGAGGGAUCCAUCCCGAGGAAUCCCGAGGAAUCCAUCCUGAGGAAUCCAUCCCGAGGGAUCCAUCCCAAGGGAUCCCGAGGAAUCCAUCCUGAGGAAUCCAUCCCAAGGAAUCCCGAGGAAUCCAUCCUGAGGAAUCCAUCCCAAGGAAUCCCUCCGAGGAAUCCAUCCGAGGGAUCCAUCCCGAGAAAUCCAUCCCGAGGAAUCCAUCCUGAGGAAUCCCGAGGAAUCCAUCCUGAGGAAUCCAUCCUGAGGAAUCCAU